AUGUCCUACUAUCCGCCUUAUUCGGGCCCGCCGGGCUAUCCCCCACCCCAGCAGCAACAGCAACAGCAACAGCAACAACAACAACCUCAGUAUUCGUAUCCUCCCCAGAAUUACGGCUCUCCGCAACCUUACCAACAAAUGCAGCACCAUCACCAAGGCUCCUACGGCGGCGGCGGCGGCGGCGGAGGAUACCCCGGCCAAGCUUAUCGCGAGCAGAACCCGUACGGCUACGGUCAACAGUCGCCUCAACAGGGCUACGGAGCGCCUCAGCAGCAUAAUGGUUAUAAUCAACCUCCGUCGGGAUAUGGCCAACCGCAGCAUAACGGGGGUCAGAUGUACGGCCAGCGACAACAGGGUAUGUGGCUGCGUGUGCGUAUCGCUUCCAGAGACCGCAAGUUUCUAACUUUUGCACUAGGGCAAUACCAGAAUCACUACAGCCACCCACACCAGGGUGGUCCGCCGCCGCCUCCCAGCGAACCGGUCGCGUUCGGUCACGGCGCGCCACAGGGAUACAAUUUUCAAUACUCGCGCUGCACCGGCAAGCGGAAGGCGUUGAUGAUCGGAAUCAACUAUUUCGGACAGAAGGGUCAGCUGCGUGGUUGUAUCAACGAUGUCAAGAACAUGUCCACGUACCUGAACCAGAACUUUGGUUACGCGCGGGAGGACAUGGUUCUCUUGACCGAUGACCAGCAGAACCCCAUGAGCCAACCGACCAAGGCCAACAUCCUGCGGGCCAUGCACUGGCUAGUCAAGGACGCUCAGCCGAACGAUUCGCUCUUCUUCCACUAUUCUGGCCACGGCGGUCAGACUCCUGAUCUGGACGGAGAUGAAGAAGACGGAUACGACGAAGUCAUCUACCCUGUUGAUUUCCGGCAAGCCGGCCACAUCGUGGACGAUGAGAUGCACCGCAUCAUGGUCCAACCACUUCGUCCCGGUGUCCGCCUGACAGCCAUCUUCGACUCGUGCCACUCCGGUUCCGCCCUGGAUCUGCCCUACAUCUACUCGACACAGGGUAUCCUCAAGGAGCCCAACCUGGCCAAGGAAGCCGGACAGGGUCUGCUGGGUGUGGUGUCCGCGUACGCGCGCGGCGACAUGGGCAGCAUGGUCUCGACGGCCGUCGGAUUCCUCAAACGUGCGGCCAAGGGCGACGAGGCGUACGAGCGAACCAAGCAGACCAAGACCAGUCCGGCCGACGUCAUUAUGUGGUCCGGCAGCAAGGACAGCCAGACCAGCCAGGACGCCCAGAUCGCCGGCCAGGCUACCGGCGCCAUGUCCUGGGCGUUCAUCAGCGCGCUGCGCAAGAAUCCCCAGCAGAGCUACGUCCAGCUGCUGAACAGCAUCCGCGACGAGUUGGCGACGAAGUACACGCAGAAACCGCAGCUGAGCUGCAGCCAUCCUCUGGAUACGAACCUUCUCUACGUCAUGUAA